AUGGCAUCAUCAUCUUCUUCUUCUUCUUCAUCAUAUGCUCGCACAUAUGAUGUUUUCUUGAGUUUUAGAGGUGAGACACGAGGAUCCUUUUCUGAUCAUCUCUAUGCAUAUUUGAGGCGAGCUGGGAUUAACACUUUUCGAGAUGAUGAAUCGAUUCGGAGAGGCGAGGAUAUUUCCGUUGAGCUGUCUAAGGCCAUAGAGGAGUCAAGGAUAUCCAUCAUCGUAUUCUCCAAAGACUAUGCCGGAUCUAGAUGGUGCCUAGAUGAGCUUGUGAAGAUCAUGGAAUGUAAACAGACGUUGAACCAGAUUGUUUUUCCUAUAUUUUAUGAUGUUGAUCCUUCAGAGGUUCGGAAACAGACUGGCAUGUUUGGUGAUGCAUUGACCCGACAUAGAGAACGCUGCUAA